AUGAACAAUCCUUCUAUCGUUUUAAAAAAGAUUGGCGAAAUUGUCUUAGAAGACAGACCAGUUCCUGAGCUUAAGGAUCCAGACUACGUUAAGAUUGCGAUCAAGAAGACAGGGCUCUGUGGAUCGGAUGUCCACUUCUACGAGCAUGGCUGCGUUGGAUCGUUUGUUGUCAAGGAGCCAAUGGUUUUGGGUCAUGAAUCUUCCGGUGUGAUUGUCGAGGUUGGAUCCAAUGUCAAAACUUUGAAGGUUGGAGAUAAGGUUGCUUGUGAGCCGGGUAUCCCAUCCAGAUUCUCGUACGAGUACAAGAGUGGUAACUACAACUUGUGCCCGGAGAUGAAAUUUGCAGCUACUCCGCCAAAUGACGGAACUUUGUGCAGAUACUACUUGUUGCCCGAGGAUUUCUGUGUUAAGCUUCCAGAUCACAUUGAUCUAGAAGAGGGUGCUUUGGUCGAGCCAUUGUCUGUGGCCACCCAUGCUACUCGUCUUGCAAAAUUGACCGUUGGUGACAGAUUGGUUGUUUUUGGUGCUGGUCCUAUCGGCUUGCUGUGUGCCGGUGUUGGUAAAGCGUUUGGUGCUUCCAAGAUCUGUAUCAUCGAUAUUGUUGAGGAUAAGCUUGAGUUCGCCCUUACUAACGGUCUGGCAACUCAUUCGUUCAACUCCAAGGGCAAGUCAGUUGACGAGAUCUUGGAGUACAUUGAGAAGAUUUGGGAUGGUGAACGUCCAACAGUCACCAUGGAUGCUACCGGAAACCAGUACUGUAUUGCUAACUGUAUCAAAUUGCUAGCGAAGAAGGGUAGACACAUCCAGGUCGGAAUGGGCAAGGACACCCUUGAUGGGUUCCCAAUGGGUAUUGUUGCCGAGAGAGAGUUGCUGGUCACUGGUGUUUUCCGGUACACUGUCGACGAUUACAAGAUUGCUGUUGAUUUGAUUGCCUCUGGCAAGAUCAGUGUUAAACCGUUGAUCACCCACAGAUUCAAAUUCGAGGACGCUGCCAAGGCCUACGACUUCAGCAAGGAAGGUAAGUCGAUCAAGAUCAUGAUCUCUGGUCCUGAGUGA